AAUCAAGAAUCAAUUCGCUCACCAAUGCAUUUGAUUUCAUGGCCACUUUCCUAAUCCUUCCCCCUUUAUGCCUAGCAUAAAUUCUAAUGAGCCACCACCUUUCUCCGCCCGUCGCUAUAUACUACCACGUGUAGCCACCACUCGAGAAACCAUCUUUGUCUCCUUCCCUGGCUCGCAUUUUAAUGGCGCCUCCCGAGUUUUCCCUUCGUUGACAACUCCGAUCCCCGAAAAUAAAAAUAAAAAUAAGGGAUUUAAUUAAAGGGAAAAGCGAUAAUGGUUGGAAAUCGAAAGCCCACGUCAUGCCUAGUCGUCGGCAACUACUGCCACGACGUCCUGAUGAAGGACGACGUCGUUUUAGGCGAAUCCCUCGGCGGCGCCGCCGCCUUCGUAUCGGCCGUGCUGGACGGAGUCGCCGUCCCCUCCACCGUCGUGGCCAAGGUGGGCCCCGAUUUCGCCUACCCCGUCACCCACCCGCCCAGCGUUAUCCCCUCCUCCGGGACAACCCUCUUCCACGCCCAUUUCUCGUCACAGGUCCAACGACAGGACCGCGUCCUCCGGCGAGUCCGCGCUUGUGACCCCAUCGGCCCCUCCGAUCUCCCCGAGUCGCGGCGGUUCGACUUCGGCUUGGCCGUUGGCGUGGGUGGGGAGAUUCUGCCGGAUACACUGGAGAAAAUGCUCGACAUCUGCGAGACUGUGCUGGUCGAUGUGCAGGCUUUGAUUCGGGUCUUUGACGGCGGCGAUGGAACGGUGAGGCUCGUUAAACUGAGGGAUUCAGGGUUUUAUCAUCUCCUCCCAAGGAUCGGGUUUCUGAAAGCCUCAUCCGACGAGGCUCCGUACAUUGAUGUGGAUCAGGCGAAGAAUGCAUGCUGUGUAGUGCUGACAAAUGGGGAAGAAGGGUGCAGGGUUCAUUAUAGGGAUGUGGAGCAGCAUAUUGCUCCCUUUCCGUCUGUACAGGUGGAUCCGACUGGAGCAGGGGAUAGUUUUCUGGGCGGGCUUGUUUUCGGGCUUGUGCAGGGCCUGAACGUCCCAGAUGCAGCCUUGUUAGGGAACUUUUUUGGUUCGCUUACUGUUUCGCAUGUUGGCCUUCCCAAGUUCGAUUUGGGUUUAUUGCAGGCAGUAAAGAAUGAGGUGCAAAGAAAGAAGUUACAGUUAUUUAGCUGCCGUGAAGAGCUAAAUGAGAAGUUGGUGUUUGCAAAACCUUUAGAUCACGACGACUUCCAUAAAUCACUUGUCAGAGCCAAAAAUUUACCUUUAUCUCAUCAAGAAUGCCAACUUGAGUUGCCACCUGGCUCCUCUCAAGUGACAUUAUUUUCAGGCAACAGUCAUGACGAACCAAUUAAGUUGGGUAACGGAAUACCUUGAUGCAGAUUUUUUAACUCCCUGUCUCUACCAAUCCAUGUGAAA